AUGCUGCGCUCCUUCGCGGCUUGUGCGCUCGCUGGCGCUGCCGCGGUUGCUGCGAUUCCCACCCUCUCGGUCAAGGGCUCCAAGUUCUUCACGAGCGAGGGCAACCAGUUCUACGUCAAGGGCAUUGCCUACCAGCUCGUCCCCGACGACCCGCUCCUCGACGCGACCCAAUGCGGCCUCGACGCUGCGCUGAUGAAGAGCAUCGGCACCAACUCGAUCCGCGUCUACCACGUCGACCCGGCUGGGGACCACACCACGUGCAUGAGCGCGUUCGCCGACGCCGGCAUCUACCUCUGGCUGGACCUGGACACGUUCGACACGCAGAUCGAGCAGAGGGCGCCCACGUGGAACGAGAGCCAGCGCGAUGCCUUUGCCGCCGUCAUGGACGAGUUCCAGCAGUACGACAACCUGGCCGGCUUCUUCGUGGGCAACGAAGUCCUCACCACCGCCAACGGCUCCGUGGCAGCGCCUUACGUCAAGGCCGCCGCGCGCGACAUGAAGGCCCACCGCGAGGCGAACAAGUACCGCAGCAUCCCCAUCGGCUACUCCGCCGCCGACAUUGCGAGCCUGCGGCCCAUGCUGCAGAACUACCUCGCCUGCGGAAGCAACGCGUCCGAGGCCCUCGACUUCUUCUCCCUGAACGCCUACUCGUGGUGCGGCGACAGCGACUACAAGACGUCCGGCUACGCGAUGCUCGAGGCCAACGCGACCGCCUACAGCAUUCCCAUCUUCCUGUCCGAGACGGGCUGCCAGACCGUCCGUCCCCGCACCUUCCAGGACCAGACGGCCAUCUUCGGCGACAUGGCAGACACCUGGUCCGGCAGCAUCAUCUACGAGUGGAUCGAGGAAGCCAACAACUACGGCCUCGUCUCCUACGGCACCAAGGUGGACCCCGCGAGCCCCUCCGCGCCGCCCGACGGUUUCCCCCGCUCCGGCACACCCAUCCCCCUGCAGCCCGACUUCUCGAACCUGGGUAACGUUUGGAAGACGCUGAGCCCGACCGGUGUCCAGGAGAGCGCGUACAAGCCAACCAACUCGGCGCCCGAGUGCCCGGACCAGACGAGCGGUGUGUGGGAUGUCAACCCCACGUCUGCUCUGCCUACGCUCGGCCAGGUGUACAGCGCACAGCCGGCUACUGCCACGGCCGGUGCAAGCGGAAGCGGAAGCGGAAGCGCGAGCGGCACCGCGAGGCCCAGCGGGACUGCCAGUGGGAGCGCCAGCCAUGCGAGCGCAAGCAGCACCGGUGCGGCGACGGAUGGACGGAGCCGCGAGCUGACGGGUGCUGGAGCUGCGCUGGUGGCUGUCAUGGCUGUGUUUGCGUGGUGGUAG